GAUAAACUUUGGUUGUGGUUCGGACUUUCUAGGAUUCGGCGACAACACACCGCCCUUCUUUACAAAGCCUACAAAAAUCGAAACCUGUUCAUCAGAGGCAGUCAUCCAUGUUUUCGCCAAUUUUACUCACUUGAGCAGACGGCUGCCUAUACCUCAUUCAUUUCGUACUACCACCGGUCACUACACGUAAAUGAAUGGGUAUUGUGAAUAGGGUGGUAUUGUUAUAGCCGUUUCUUGUAUGAUCUGGAAGCAAAAAUCAUAUUUGCUGUUAGAUUUACGCCAUUGUUCUCCUCUAUAUAGUUCAGGUUUUCGAGCGGUAGCUCAGAGAGACUUGCACACGAUGCCCUAAUGGUUUUGCUGAACGCGAAGCUCUCUUUGAAAUUCCGAAAUACACUGAGCCUUUAACUAAUUCUGUACUCGGAUAAAGCAGACUACAAUAUAUUUAGAACACGCCUAUUUUCAAGGGAUUUGAUUAGAUCCAACGAUGAAAGAUGAGGGACCGCAAGGCACCCGAUGACGAAUACAAUCGUAGAUUGCACAUAUACGCCGAGACUCCUGGUCUGCAACAAACAGCUCUGGUCCCCGCCUCCGAAAAAGAGCUUAACGCCCCCAAGCCCCCACCCGCAUCAUCAGCCCCUGCAACGACUCAGGGGCACAGCAGCAUACAGACACAUCCGUAUGCUAGGAUUCCAGGCGCUAACUUUGUAGAAGAAGAGGAGGAGGAUGACGUCGAUAGACCAGUGUCACGUUCGGCGACAGGUGCGUCGUCGUCGUCUUCGCAGCCGACAUCAUCCUCGUUACCAGCUGGAACGUCAGGGGUGGGACGCUUUGAUGGGGAGGUAAACGGUACGCCGGUUGAACCAGUACGUGAUCCUAUUUACGCUGAACUAGAUCUUCAAAACUCAGAAGACGACCGGAUAGAAAACGACCUAGGGGGCAAUUCUGUCGAUCAAACAGCAAUUUUACCUUCAUCAACGUCUUUAAGAACUUCCGACGUUAUUCUUAAUUCUUCUCAAAGUAGGCCUACAUGCGAUGAACAAUCUCGGACGGUUCCACCACGACCCCCAGCGAAACGGCAAGUACCUUUACCCGGAUCGUCUAUUGCAAAGAAAUUGGACUUAGGGCGAGGAUCAGGGCCGAACUCGAAAACGAUACGGACCCAUACCCGACUUGACGCAAGUCUUGAAAUCCCUGCUACGCAACGUCCGAAACUACCUGGGACAAAACAAAACGAUGACGGGGUAACGCUCUUUCGGAAAACAGACCGCAACUCUGAAGUGGAACAACCGACGACGUCGACGAGUAAGAAUGCGAAUGACGCUAAGACGACGGUGAACACCUCGGGGAUCAUUUUGAAACACGUCAGGAGUAUAGAUGGUCAAACUUCAACGACAUACAGCGGAGAGGUCAACGACGAGGAAGAGAUCGACGUUGCAAUGCCAGUCGAUCCUGACCUCGAUGCGGGGACAGCGAUCAUCAAGAAGAAACAAAGAUUCCGACGGAAUAUGAUCCUCAUCAUCUCGUUUCUCAUGGUCCUCUUAGUCGUCGUCGCAGCUGUUAUCAUAGCCCUCGUCAUAGUCACUAAAGAUGAAAGGUUUUGGUAGAAGCUUACCCCCCUCAGGAAUAAUGGUGAUGGAUGACCACAGAGGGCAGUCUUCAACCUAUGUCUUCUCAGCCUGAGAGACAUUCUUCACAAACCUGGUAAACCAUCUUCCACGACUGUUCAAUGCUGUGAUGAUGUCCUGCAUAUGAAGCAAGCAGCUCAACAUCGGAUUGGGCAUCUGAAAGACAUUUAUGAGAAGAGAAAUUGAAAUGCGAAUGUUACAGAGGCCUUAAUGUCCUAAUUAUGUAAUCAAAACUAAAUGCAAGUUGGGAGAGAGAGUGUAUACAAUACUACCUGUAUUAUCUAUUUCUUGUAGUUAUAUUAUAUUGCUAUACAGACAAUUAUUAUGCAAACACUACUUAACAUUGCACAGAUCUUUAUUCUUUUUCUAUUUUAUACUACUUUUGAUACUAAAAAUAUGAUUGGAUCUCUCAUACUGAGCAAAGAGACUUUAUAAUUAUUUUAUAUGUGGUAAUACAAAAAUACUGCUUAUGUUCUAAAAAGCUAUUGAUUUGUGAAAGAAAAUAUUGUUUAUACAUGUAUUUUAAGAAUUAUAAUAUACAGUAUAUAAGAAAAUGCUCAAUAUUAAUUAAUUGUCUGAAGUAUAAUAAAUUCAAUGAGCAUUGUCUAAAGAUACAUAUGCAGGUAUUACAAAUUAUAUAUUCCAUUAGAUUGUGUUUUAUUACCCUUCACAAUAAAACAAUAAAUAAAAGAAACAAAACUAAGGAAUCAAUAUUAUCUUAACUAGACAAUCCAGAUGGGGCUUAAAUUAAACUAAUAAGUAAAACAAAAAUAAGAAACAUUCCAUAAUUUGUAUUCACCUCUGAGCCAUUUUAGGUGUGUAUGGCAUAUUGGAAUUAAAACAAGUUUAGGGUAUAUAUAUCUAAAGUAUAUUAUUAUUAUUAUUUCUUUUUCUUACUUUCAAUACAAUAUCAAAUGUGCACAAUUAACAUGUAUAAUAAAUGUCAAUAUGUAAUGAAAACCAA